UUAAGUAUUCAGUUCGGGGCUCAGCACCAUACAGUGAAGGACCAUCUAGUCUCAUCUAGCUAAAGAAUCGGACCAGGAUCAAAAUGAAGAUCGCCAUUUGCUUUCUGAUUGCGAGCGUCCUGCUUAUCGGCUGUUCGUCUACGCCUUGUGAAAUAUUAGAACCGCCUUGUGAGGGACCUCCCCCGCCUUCUAGUACACCCACAACUAAAAAGCCCGUCACCACCAAAAAACCUGCCACAACUAAGCGAACUACAGUAAAAACUACCACUAAGGCUACCACUAAGGCCACUACAAAGGCCACUACUAAGGCCACUACUAAGGCUACCACUAAGGCCACUACCAAGGCUACUACUACUAAAGCUACUACAGCACCUCCUUGUACCGCAACUGUACCCACCACGGCAAAACCCACGACAAAACCUACUACGAAGAAACCCACCACCAAACCUACUACGAAGAAACCCACCACCAAACCUACUACGAAGAAACCCACCACAAAACCUACUACGAAGAAACCCACAACUAAGCCUUCCAAUCCAGGCAGCGGUUGCAAGUCAUGUGGACCCGGUGGUGAAUCUUGUCCAGGAUGCCCCUCCCAGAGCGUUUUAUGCCAGGAAUUGUUAAAUGACAUCAAGAAACUGGAUACCAAGAUCAGACAAUGCGUCUGCGGAGAGCCCAAGUGGAUGAUGUAAGGUCUAAUCACCGGAUUUGGUAUCACAAAACCCCCCACAAAAAGCCAUUUUCUCAAUUUCACUUUGGAAAAAGGUUUUUUUUUU